GAGUCCCACAUCAUCGGCAAGUACCACUGAGAAACCCUAGCCUCCCCAUAACUGCUACCUAGCAAAGCUCUCUGCUAGUCGUCUCUCUCUCGAUCUCUCUUUCCCUAGAAGUUAGUCAUGUUACAAGUUAAAACUCCGAAGAAAGGAAGGGUUAGAAGGGCGCUCGAGAAACGCGCCCCCAAACUUGUUGAAACCGGGAAGAAGACACUGAUACUUCACGGUACGAAGACGAGUGGCGUUCUGAACUCCGUCUUGACUGAAAUCUACAACAUAAAGAAGGGUAGCGCCGUCAAGUUCAGCCGUAAGAACGAGAAUAUCAAGCCUUUUGAGAGCGGGGGCGAGACCUCUUUGGAGUUUUUUUCUCAAAGAACCGACUGCAGCAUUUUCGUGUAUGGUUCUCACUCAAAGAAGCGACCUGAUAAUCUUGUUAUUGGGAGAACUUAUGACCACCACAUCUAUGAUCUUGUGGAGGUUGGGGUUGAAAAUUUCAAACCGAUGGAGUCAUUUGCAUAUGAUAAGAAAUUGGCUCCACGAAUUGGGUCUAAACCUAUGAUUGCUUUUGUUGGAGAAGGAUUUGAGAAUGUAGAGGAACUGAAACAUUUGAAGGAAGUUUUGCUUGAUCUGCUGCGAGGAGAGGUUGUGGAGAAUUUAAAUAUUGCUGGUUUAGACCGCGUAUAUGUAUGUACAUCUAUAUCUUCAAACAGGGUAUUUCUCUCUCACUGUGGACUGCGGCUAAAAAAGUCUGGCACAGCAGUACCAAGGAUGGAACUUGUAGAAGUUGGCCCUUCCAUGGACUUGAUAGUUCGCCGGAAUCAUCUUCCAAGUGACAGCCUCAGGAAAGAAGCCAUGAGAACAGCUAGAGAGCAACCUAAGAAGAAGUUGAAAAAUGUUAGCGGGGACGCAAUACAAGGCAAGAUCGGGAAGAUAUACGUUCCAGAUCAGAAGAUUGGGGAAAUGGCGCUGCCUAACAAAGCAAAAGGUAUAAAGAGGGAGCGCCGUGAAGCUAAGUUGAAAGAUCAAGAUAACGGGCAUGUAUCAAAAAAGCAGAAAGAAAAUAAAGCGUAACUCUCCUCCUACAGCUGUUGCUUUUAGUUUUGGGCCAGUGUUCUAUUUCAUUGAAAAGAUCCAUUGGUGAAAUAGACACAAGCAGAGCAUGAGAUAUCUUUUCCUCCCACAGUUUCUGAGAUGAUUUUCCUUGUGAUGUAUUUUUUUUGGUAAUUACUGUAGGAUGCGUUAUAUUGUUCAUUUGUCUUUUGUUUUCCUGCCAACUCUACAUUAUAUAAUGAAUUGAGCCAGUUCAACCCGAUUAGGUGGGGGAUA